AACGACAAAAGUUUCAACUUCGUGAGAGUCGACUCCUAAAUGUAACAAUCUAUAGGAGGUGCUCAACGGUCAGUUCAGACAUUCAAACUUUUCUGUGAGGCAGGGAAACAUCCCAGCUUCGUCUUGUCGGGAAACGUGUAGAUAACCUUUCCAACCAUUAAAACAAAAACAUUUCACUGGAAGACAUGAUGGACGAAGACAGCACUUGGAAUUUUAAUGCGCCACAACACUACUGCGAUUUGCCAUCGGCUGUGAAAGAUGAUGACUCCGAGCAAGCUGACCAAUACUUUUUUGCAAAGGCAGAUGACACAGUAUAUGAAGAUGUUACUCCCCAUGGUGAUGAAGAUGAUGACAGAGCAACAAUGUUGUGGAAUGAACAGAUCUCAUCUGUCCAGGAAGAAGAGAAAGAAUAUCCAGUAAUUAGACGCAGGUCACGCUCAGUUGGAAGUAGGCCAUUGUUUCAUCGGAAACAAGAAAGUCCCAUUGCACCAAAUAGUGUGAAUAUUUUAAAAAAACCUGCCUUAAAAGCCCAAGGAGUGAUACCCAGUGAGGAUUCUGAUAAGUAUUUUAUUGGUGGUUUGAGAUCUUACAAUCCUGUCAAAACUCAUGACAUCCUUAAAGUUACGAAACCAGUACCAUUUAAUUUAACCGAGUCCAAGAAAAAAAUAGUGCAGACAGUCCCCGCGAACCCAAGCAUGGCUGAAGGUGUUCAAAAUUGGCAGAAGAAAACGCCAGAACGUUUUCACUCAUCUCGACACGGAGAAGUUUAUCGAAUGGUGGAGAGAGUUGAAAUGCGUUCAACGGAGGCGCAUACCCCUCAGCUUAUGGCAGCGAAACGCCAUCGCCCUGUUCAUGUUUUAAGCCAUGAAGAAAAAGAGCAAAAGGAGUUAGAAGAAAUGAAAAAGAGUCAGUUUAAAGCGCAUGGCGUAGAUGAAAAAGUGUUUAAACCUCCUGUCUUGCCUGCAAAAAAAGGAGUCAAAACAACAACAAUCGAACCAUUCCAUCUCACUGAAUAUCAUAAGAAAGAGAACGUUCCUCCUCGCGAAUCAGAAGGAAAUGAUUUUAAGUUCCAUGCAAAACCUGCUCCAAAAUUCGAGGCCCCAUCGGUGGAACGAAAACAAGUUAUUCCGAAUACCGUGCCUCAGACACCUAAGUUCAGCGAAGCUGGUAAAGCAUCUUUACAUUCGUGGAGGGAAAGAAGACAGCGUUCAAGAUCUAAUGGUAGUUUAACCGCGGGUCGGAGUUCUUCCAAUGGCUCACUUACAUCUACUGGAGAACGAUUGAAGUCAACUGUCGUUGAACCGUUUAGUUUCGAAGAUCGUGACAAACUUUUACAGCGUCGUAAAGAAAAAAAAUUUGAAAAGGUUGUGCAAGAAGAGCGCAAGCAGAGAGAAUUUCACGCUAACCCUUGUCCAAAUUUUUCACAUCCUUCCAUUCCUGAGCGACCAACCCUCAUGUCAACACGGCCCGCGCCAUUUCAACUCAGUUAUGACACCCUCGGUAUCUCAAAGAAAGAAAGAUUCCUUACUCAGUUGGCAGAAUUGCGUUUAGAAGAACGUAAGGCUGCACAGUUUAAGGCACAACCUGCUAAAGUUCUAAUUAAGGAGCCAUUCAAAGUAAAAUUAGAUCAUAGUCAACACAAUAUUACGGAUGUUGUCGAGUUUUCUUUGACAACGGUAAAACGAGCUGCUGAAAGAAAACAUUUUGACCAGUUUUUGAAAGAACGAGAACAAGAAAAAGAAAUGCAUAAACUCAGGCGUGAGCAAGAAAAACUCCAGAAAGAAGCAGAGCUAGCGGCUCGGAUGCGGGAAGAAACUAAUUUUGUUGCCAACCCGGUACGACAUUUUAAGUGCAUAGAAAUAAAAAAGGCAGAUGCUGAUAUUCUCACCAUUCCUAAAACCCCCAAAUUUACGAAGAAAUAAGUUUAGCUUUGAAAUAUUAGUCGUGUCUUCCGCAAUUUAAUUGUAUUUUUGUCAGCAAUAUAAUCAUUUAACUUCGUA